AUGCCAAAGACACCCUCUUCUUUCCCUGGCUAUACAGAUCAUAGUAUUAAAGUUUUGGGUGUUCAAGCAAAUGAUCUGCGUGAACCUGAAGAACUGGAAGAACCGCUUCAAUUUUUUAACUACCAUGAAUUUUUGAUCCCUAACUAUGAAAAGCUAACAUCUUCAAAUACUCCAACUAAUAAUGAUAAAUCCCUUUUGGCAAGUCAUUUCCCUAAUAACCACUCUACAGUGACUUCAUCCACAUAUAAAGAUACGAGAAUUGUUAGAGUUCCUAGAGUGUAUGAAACAUUACAUAUGAGUGAUCUAAUUCCUCAGUUCUCGACAUAUGUCCUUGGAAAAGAACCGGCAGCUCUAACUCUUGCGACAGUCGAGGCGAAAACUUAUUCUAUGGGUGGAUCUUUUGAUGACAACUACUUUGGUGAAACGUCUUUAACGCCCUUAAUUCCCGAUCUAAUCUCAGAACAAAAGUACAUUGAAAUUGUUGAAAGAAUCAACUUGUACUUACUCAAUGCAUUCAAUCCAUAUAAUAUAUACAAUGCUAUUGAAGGUUUACUAGAUAUAAUGACGGGAACUCUCUACUCAAGAAUAUUCAACAAUUAUGUGCGAGAGAGCCACUGCAAAAGAAAUCUAAUGGAAUUAGAAUCGUAUGUGAACAACACUAAUAUGCAAUUGGAACCUCAAGGGAUAAAAAUUAUUUCACCUAGACGUAGUGGGUACUUAUCCUUGGACAUUCAAAUUCCUAGACCAAAACCAGUCUAG